GGCGGUGAUCUCGCCGUUAAACAGUUGAUCACUAACGGCGAUGUCGACGAUCUGGACUCGCAUUCUCAUCAAAUACUGUGGCGCCAAAAGGCGGAGUUUUUCCCGACGCCUCUCAAAGGCAUUCUUGGCCUUAAAGAGCUGAACGGGUGGUCAUCGUUGACGAUACCCGAUAAGGAGACAAUUGUGACGGAUUCGGGCAAACUGUUGGCUUUGGAUCAAUUGCUGAACGAGUUGAAGGCCGACGGGCAUCGAGUGCUGAUAUACUCGCAAAUGACACGAAUGAUCGAUCUAUUGGAGGAGUAUAUGUGGCACCGGAAGCACACAUACAUACGUCUGGACGGCUCGUCAAAGAUCGCCGACCGGCGCGAUAUGGUCGCCGACUUCCAGAACCGUUCGGACAUUUUCGUAUUCCUCUUGAGUACCCGCGCGGGCGGUCUGGGCAUCAAUCUCACGGCCGCCGACACCGUUAUCUUCUACGACAGCGACUGGAAUCCCACCGUUGACCAGCAGGCGAUGGACAGAGCGCACCGAUUGGGCCAAACAAAACAGGUGACGGUCUAUCGUCUGGUCUGUAAGCGAACCAUCGAAGAGCGGAUCCUACAGCGGGCGCAGGAGAAGUCAGAGAUACAGCGAAUGGUGAUCAGUGGUCACUCGUUCAGACCCGACACUCUAAAGGCUACGGAAGUGGUGUCGCUAUUGCUCGACGACGAAGAGCUCGAGCGACGCUUCAAUCAAAGACAGGAAGAGAAGAGACUACAGACUGAGGAGAGCGGCGGCUCCGGUGGUAGCGCUUCGGGACUCACGACACCCGUGAAGGCCAACAAACGUAAACUUAAGUGCAGUCCCAAAGAGGGAGAGACUCCCAAAAGAAAAUACACCAAAAGAUUGAUUUCAGACAACGAAACCGAGAGCUUAUCCAAAGAGAUAUCUCCAAUCGGUGGUGAUUUGGACUCAUUUAACGAUAACGAUUCGUUCCCUACCAGUCCUUUCAGCGAACAAUCGUAUCGAUCGUUAACCAAUUUGAACGAAGACGAGAGCAAUGACGGCGCUCUGAUGGUCGACGACCGAAGCAGUCCCACCUCUUCCACGUCCGAUCUGCACAGUCCGUCCAGUUCUGGCGCCCGUCGCGGCCGA